AUGAUGUCAUCAUCCAAUCAAUAUGUUCAAAAGGAUGAAGAUCAAUUGUACGACAUUCUAAAUUUAUCACCACCAGCCAUCGUUGUUAAACCAUCAUCUACAAGCGAGUCGUGGGACACUACCAAUUUGAUAAAUGAUACUGUGGGAGUUAAUGGGGGUCAGGGGAUGAACUAUCAACAACAGCAGCAACAAAUGAAAGAAGAAUCAAAUUACAACAUUCAAACCAAACAUGAUGAUGUUAGUCUGUAUCUUUUCAAUCAACAACGGAUGCAUUCAAAUGAAUCCAAUAACAAUGAUUUCGAACCUCCUCCAGCCCCAGUUGAAGAAUUAACUAACGAUCCAUUACCAGAUUUGAGUAACUACGGAACUGCAAUGUAUCAGAAUGACGAUACAGCAUCUGACAUUUCAUUGAAUACUUCCAAUAUGCCAAGGUUUAGUUCAACUUCAACUACUAAUGAUUAUCUUUCACCUACAUCAUUAUUUGCUGGCCAUCAAUUCAGUGGUCAAACAACCCCUAGACAGUCACUGUUUAGUCACCAACCGUCUCAGCUUCAAGGUUCAAAUAGGUUAGUGAUUCCCAGGUCCCCAUCUACCCAUUCUGUAUAUUCCGAGACAUCAACCCAUCCGGCAUCUCCAUAUCUCCAACCACUGGGGUCUUCUCAUAAUCUAGAGGCACAACCCCCACAAACCUACAACUCAGCGUUAUCCGACGUGGGUGAUCAGCCACAGAAUAUGUUCUUGCCAGAUCAACAAUACUUAGAAUCUGUACCAGUUAACAAUUUCAUCCAUUCGGAAAUUGCACUUGGUGAAUCCAUCAGUUCAACAAAUUUGGCUAACUUGGAUAGUGUUGAUACGACAUCAUGGCAACCUACAAUGUCACAGAGACAACAACACGAAGAAUUUCAAGAGUUGUCCUUCAAGGUCCAGAAUCAACAAAGACAAUACCAAUUCCAGCAACUGCAACAACAACAGCAACCGCAAAUGCAACAACACCCAGUGCAACAGGUACCGCAACCGCAGAUUCAACCGGAAGAUUUCUUUUAUACCGAUAAGGAAAAUAUGAUGGGCGUUGAUUUUGAUAUCACCGUCACGCCUCCACCAUUUCUUGAUUCAGCAUUUGCUUCGUCAAGAUUUAACCAAUUUGAAACCAUAAGCAAUGCAGCCACCAAUAAUUCAAAUACCAUCCAGCAGAGCAAUCCAUUAACCGAAAACAAUUUAUCCAAUUAUACCAGUCAAUUACAACAAGAUAAUACUCAAGGAGAGGAGCUGGGUAUUAUUAUAUCUAUCCAUCAAGCUCCGGAAGAAUUCGCGGCUAAGACUCCAUCGUUGUUUAGUAAUUCUUCUGCGAAUUCGUCACUACGUGGUCGGAAUAAUAAUUCAAGUAGUAAUCUUAUCCCCAAUGCACAGCUUAUACCGUCUUCACCCGCGGGUGGGGGGUCGAAUAAAUCCCAAGAUCAAUCACGAGAGAAAGAUCUUCUUGAUCCAACCUACCAAGCAGUCAAAAGAGGACGAAGAAAGAGUCAUUCACAAAGAAGUGUUAGCGGGUCGAAAUCCCCAAGACGACGGUCCUCAUCUCGAUAUACUGAAGACGAGGAUAGCCAAGAUGAAGAUGAGAGUGAUUCCGACGACGAAGGUACCGGGAAUAAAUUGGCCAGAGAGAAGAUAUUAGAACUUGCAUCGCCGAAUCAAUCAUCCAAAAGAACUCAAAAACAUCCAAGUAUUUAUUCUUGUCAUUUAUGUGAUAAACGAUUCACUAGACCUUACAAUUUGAAAUCCCAUUUACGUACCCAUACUGAUGAAAGACCAUUUAUUUGUUCGACAUGUGGCAAAGCAUUCGCGAGACAACAUGAUAGGAAGCGACAUGAGGAUUUACAUUCUGGAGAGAAGAAAUAUCAAUGUCGUGGAUAUUUGAAGGAUGGAAGUCAGUAUGGAUGUGGAAGAAGAUUUGCCAGGGCAGAUGCUUUGAGAAGACAUUUCCAGACUGAGGCAGGAAAACAAUGUAUUCGACUGUUGAUGGAGGAGGAAGAGUUGGAGAAGAUGAUCAGAAGAGGGGAUGGAAUGGAAGAGGAUGAAGAGAAUAAUAAUAACAGUAAUGAUAGUUCAAUGAUGAAUAUCCCGCUGGUGGAUAUUACGCCGCCGCUAUGA